AUGUCAAAGACAACUACAAGACUAAUAAAAAUAAUUAAAAAACAUGCGAGUGAAGAAAAGUCUUACUUCGAGGCACAGAAACUUAUCGCACAAGGUGCUGAUGUGAGGACACCUUUCAGCAAUGACUACUCGAUGAUUCAAUAUGUUACUGAAGAAGAAGCUCGACUUCGUCAAACAACUCCUUUUAAAGCUGAGAAUUGUCGGCGCAUCAUUAAAUUAUUGAAAAAUCGUGCUUCUGAAUUACUUUCUGAGUUGGUACUAUCAAACAAUGGUAAACUUGACGAGAUGAGGUUUUUGGUCAAAUUAAAAGCAAGCUGUUAUCAGCAACAGGUAUAUGGGCCUUUGGGCUUGUUAGGAAAGCUGCUGAAUCAGAGCGAAAAUCAUGUUCGACUCGAUGUUGUUCGAUUUCUUGUCGAAACCGAUGAAGAAGCUAAGUUCGCUCUAACGAAAGAAGAUGAUCUACAUCAGACAUGCUUGUCUCUAUCGCUGAAUAAUCCGAAAUCGUCUGCACAGGUUACUAAUUAUAUACAAGAACAGCUUAAUUUAUUAUUUAACAAAAUCGCAAGCACUCAUUCUGAAAUGGAUGUGAACGAGUUAUCCCAAUGGAUUUGCCGAGGUGCUGACCCAAAAACCAUAGAUGAAGAUCAAAAUACUGUUCUUUUGAAUGCUGUCCGUGCUAAUAACGUUGAUCUGGUUCGAGUUCUUAUAGCAAAUGGGUGCAAUGCGAUGCAUAAAAAUAAAGACGAUAAAACUUCGAUUGACAUUGCUAAAAACGAACCACUGAGAAAUGCUCAAUUGUUAGCAAUUCUAUCCGAACAAGUUAUUAAUAAUAAAUUGAAACAGUUGAUUGCCGCGAAAAAAUCCAGUUUAAAAAAGGAAGAAGUUCUUCAGUGUUUGGAAGAAGGAGCCAACAUAAAUGGACGCUUUGACAAUAAUGACUCGUUUCUUCAUUAUUUAAUUACUCAUGGCGGCACACAAGAGAUGAUAGCAGCUUUUGUUAAUGAAUUCAAUGCAGACAUACUAGCAACGAACAAUGCAGGACUCCGACCUAUUGAGCUAUGUAUUUUGCAUGAUAAGAACCCGCAUAACGUUCUCGGCACCUUUCUUAAACUACCUAGAGUGAGUACAGAUGCAUUUUUCAAUAAUGUUUCGCAAAAGAGCAUCUAUCAAUAUGCCAUCGAGCAAGGUUUGAAAGAUAGCGCUGAUACAAUCAAGGCAGAAUUGAAUGCACGCUUAUGGGCUUGUGUUACAAGUGCUAAUACUGAUGAUAAGCGAAAUCAGAGUGUCCUGUCCGAAGCAAAAAAGCUCAUCAACUAUGGAGCUCAAAUCAAUGAUCGACACGAUAUCGAUGGAGAAUACAAGAAAUGGUCCGCUUUCCACGUAGCUUGUAAAACUACGACGAAAUCAUUCGUCGAAUAUCUUGUCCGUGAUCUGAAGGCGGAUUGCACAUUGUCGAAUUCAGAUAAGGAUCAUCCAAUAUCUAUUGCAGCUGAAUAUGGUCAGCUUGAAAUUGUUCAAUUUUUGAGAGAAUGUCGAGGUGUACAAAUAAAUGUGGUCAAUAAGAAACGUGAUACUCCGUUACAUUUGGCAGCAAAAAAUCACCAUUAUCGUAUCGUUCGAUAUCUGAUCCUAUGGGGUGCUGACGAAGAGGCUCGAAAUUCAUCAAAGGAAACUCCACUUGUUUCAGCGCAAAUGAGUGAGACCAAUACUGAACAAGACAAAAUUGAGAAAGACAAAAUUGUUAACUUUCUUCGUAGCCUAGCGUUUUCCAAAGAUCAUAAUACACGAGACGAAGUCAUACAGCCGACUAAAUUAACAAUAGACCUAGACACGUGUGAAUUAUUAUCACAUAGCGAUGUACAUGAAAUACAGCCACAUGCUCGUGAUGACCAGGCAAAAAGUAGCAAAAAAGUACUCAAAAUUCUUAAUCUGGGAUCGAACAGGAAGCUUCAUGUCGCUGCUAAAAAUGGGAACGUUUCGAUGGCUAGAGAAGCGAUGAAAGAUGGUGCUGAUAUUUGUUAUCGUCACAAGCAAAGGAGCCCUUAUGAAGUGGCACAGGAUGCAGCCGCAGUGUAUGCGUGCAAAGCACAGUUGAAUUCAACAAAUAACAACGAUCGGCGGAAGCUUUGUGCCAUGGCAUUAGGCUGUCAACAGAUUAGUGAUGAUAUUCUUCAGCAUGCACAAACACAACUUGACGAAUCGAUUAAACAAUCGAAUUUUGCUCUUUUUGUGACAUACUGCGAAGCUGGGAUACCAAUAACACCUGAUUUGCUCUAUCUAGCUUGUACAUCAUCAGAUAAUGUUGAAAUUGUUGACUAUCUUGUUAAAAAAGAUCGCACUAUCUAUGAAGCCAUGUAUAACUAUACCACAUUAGAUUCGCCAUAUCAUCUUGCAAAAAAGAAAAAAUUCAACAAAGUCGCUACUUAUAUUAAAUAUCACCUAACAAUCGAUUGUACAGAAGCUAUCAAGAAAAAUGACGUAGAACUUGUUAAACAGCUUAUUCGUGCCGGUUCAAGUGUCGAUUUAACCAACACAAAUAAUAUAGGUGAAGCGCUACGUCACCGAAAUGACACACUCAUCCAAGUUAUUUGUGAAAAUGGCGUCAAAUUACCAUUUGAAUGGCUUCAGUUGGAUAGCAUCGUGCUUUCACCAGCUAUAGAAAAACAUAUAGGUUCCGAUAUAGCAUUUACUAUCAACCGUAAUUUGAUUAAUCGCAGACUUCGCCUUGCUGCCGCAACUGGAGAUUUUCAUUUACUCAUCAAAUGUCAACGACUCGGUGCUGAUAUCGAUUCGAAAACUUGUGAUGGAUCAACGGCGCUCUUAUGCGCAGUUCAAAAUGGGAAUUAUUUUCGCAUUGUUCAUUCACUCGUAUCGCGUGGCGCAACUAUGCUUCACUCUAAUGAAAACCAAUCGAUGUCACUUAUAGAACUCUGUAACAAGAAAAACUUCAGGGUCAUAGAAAAAUAUCUAAAAGAACAACUUAACGUACAAUUUGCUGCAGCUAUACUCGACGACGAUAGGCACAAUGCAACAGCUUUCGCAGCAUUCGGUGCUGAUUUCAACUAUAAAGAUGAGCAAAAGCACGCACCAUUGUAUUAUGCAAUACAGUACCAUGGCAUAGAUCUUGUCUCAUGGCUUUGUGAACGUGGAAGUAAUCCAACUUCAGUUGAUGAUAAUGGUGACUAUCCGAUAACUCUGGCGGCAGAAAAAGGUAAGAUCUCCCGUUUCGUGUAA